AUGGGUCCUGUUGGGUGCUUAUUUAUGGUUUUGAUAGGAGUAAUGUCUUCAUCUGUGAGUGGUUACGGUGGCGGUUGGAUCAACGCUCACGCCACGUUCUACGGUGGUGGCGAUGCUUCCGGCACAAUGGGUGGUGCUUGUGGAUACGGCAAUCUAUAUAGCCAAGGCUACGGGACCAACACGGCGGCUUUGAGCACGGCUCUGUUCAACAGCGGACUUAGCUGCGGUUCUUGCUUUGAGAUAAGAUGCGAGAACGAUGGUAAAUGGUGUCUCCCUGGCUCAAUCGUUGUAACCGCUACAAACUUUUGCCCGCCAAACAAUGCCUUGCCUAACAACAAUGGCGGUUGGUGUAAUCCUCCUCUUCAACACUUUGAUCUUGCUCAGCCUGUUUUUCAACGCAUUGCUCAAUACAGAGCUGGAAUCGUCCCUGUUUCUUACAGAAGGGUUCCGUGCAGGAGAAGAGGAGGAAUACGAUUCACGAUAAACGGCCACUCAUACUUCAACCUUGUCCUGAUCACUAACGUCGGCGGCGCCGGAGACGUUCACUCAGCGGCGGUCAAGGGUUCAAGAACAGGUUGGCAAGCGAUGUCAAGGAACUGGGGGCAGAAUUGGCAAAGCAACUCUUACCUUAACGGUCAAGCACUUUCCUUCAAAGUCACAACCAGCGACGGCCGCACCGUCGUCUCCUACAACGCAGCUCCUUCCGGCUGGUCUUUUGGUCAGACCUUCGCCGGAGGACAGUUCCGUUAA